UCCCUCCCUCCCUCUCGCAGCCACGGCCUCAACCUCAACCCCAGCCCCGGGCCUGCUGCUCGGGGCGACGGCGGUGGGGAAAACUCUGCUGCUCAAGACGCUGCACAAGAUGAGUUUGAAAGGAGUGACUGGUGAUCUCGACGAAACCCCACCUACUCUCCCAACGGUGGGAACCAACUUAACCGACAUCACCAUCAACAAGAGGAGAAUUACGAUUCGAGAACUGGGAGGCUGCAUGGGUCCCAUCUGGCCAAGUUACUACGCCGACUCUGAGGCUGUGAUGUUUGUCAUCGACGCUGCCAAUCCCACCCAGAUCUCGUCCUCGUGCAUUCAGCUGCUGGAGGUCCUCACGGCUGAGCAACUGCAGGAAACUCCGAUCCUGAUCCUCUUCAACAAAGUUGAUCUACCCUGCCACAUGUCCCUGGUAGAAAUGAAAAGCCUGUUCCGGUUGGAUGACAUACUUGCCUGCUCCAAGCAGCGAAUCAGCGUGCUGGAGCAGUGUUUGUUCUCUCCAUAGCUGCAACUUCAAGACUGGUGCUGAAAGAUAAAGAUGUACUGCUUGUAUUUACUGUGCAUGUUAUGAAUAAAGUAUAUUUCCGAAAUAGGUAAAUGAAUGGGGACUGUGAAUGGGUAAAAUGUUCAAGUAUGUGGCAAGGUGGCACAGCGUUAGAGUUGCUGCCUCACGGCUACAGCGCCCACACUACUCAAUGACAAACAACAGAUUUACUUUCAAAAUCACUUUAAUUAUCUUUGAUUAAAACAGUGUUGAGUUACUGUGGCCACUGACAGUCCCACAGCGACAUUUACAGACACCGAUUGGAGUUAAUCAGGAUUUUAUUUAAAACAGUUUCCAUCUAAUCCUGUGCUCAUCAUAACUCGAUGCAACACACAAAGAUUCUAUCAGCUGCCCGAUUUCCCCUGUAAGAGUGAGAAAGGCUGAGAUGGAACCACUUCAAUGAUUCAGUUUUAGGAUCGGAUUACUAACUACUGUAAAGCCCUUCACUGUAAACAAGUGCACCAUUAAAAUUCUUCCGACGAAA